CGCGCAGGUGCGGCUGGCGGCGGGGCAGGCGGGAGGGGAGGAGGGGCGCGCGGCGCGCACGCACUGCACGUGGCCGCUGGCGCCGCAAGCCUCACUCGCUAUAGUGAGUACUGAGCUGGGACGGGAUGUGUGGCGCGCAGGUGCGGCUGGCGGCGGGGCAGGCGGGAGGGGAGGAGGGGCGCGCGGCGCGCACGCACUGCACGUGGCCGCUGGCGCCGCAAGCCUCACUCGCUAUAACGGAGGAGCCGGCGUGCUGCGUGCGCAGCGACCUGUUCCUGGCCGCGCACGACGACGACUCGCAACAAAUGAUCCCGGGAGCGGCCAGCGCCGAGCCCGUGUUGGAAGCCGCGUCGCCGCUGCCGCCGCUCGGCCUGCUCGACUACAUGCAGGAGGAGCUGCUGUACACGGACGCGGUGGACGAGUCCUCCUUCCAGGUGCUGCUGCUGAGCGAGGAGCUCGGCUAGCGGCCGGCCGGCGCCCGGGCCCGGGCCCGCACGUGUCGCCCGGCCGGCGCCCGGGCCCGGGCCCGCACGUGUCGCCCGGCCGGCGCCCGGGCCCGGGCCCGCACGUGUCGCCCGGCCGGCGCCCGGGCCCGGGCCCGCACGUGUCGCCCGGCCGGCGCCCGCGCGUGUCGGGAGCCCGAGGCGCAAAAUGUUAAUGUCAAGUUUUCGGCCCCUUUGGAAGCCAAGCCUAUUCAAUAUAACACGCCAUCGUAACACUUCUUGGAAUGCACGGAGGUAUAUAUUACACUAACAGUAGGUAGUGAACGGGAGGUCGCACCUGCUUGAUGGCGUCAGUUGUCUGUCGAGUUUAAGUUUCCGAUGUAAGUCCCGAGGUGGCCGACGUGCCGCCCCGUUAGUGCUGCCGCCGGGCUGCAGGAUGUGAGUACGAGAGAGACGUAAGUACGCGUUUGCCGAUGAUGAUUAAUUCAACGGCUAGUAAAUAGCCAACAUUUGUAUAUGCCGCGGUAGUCGAAGACAAACGCCACAAAAGGUCUAAUACUCGAAAUAAAACGCGUUGGGGACGCCACGGGACAGCAUGUGGAAUGCUUCAGAAGUGUUGCGGUCUGCCGGGGCGCGCGACGCGAUGCAGCGACGUUUCGCGUGUAAGGCGCAGGUGUACGAGUAGAAAACAAUAAGAUUUGUAAUUUAUCCGUCGUUUUAAAAAAAUACGGAAUAUUUGAUAAUAAAUAUUAAAAACUGUAAUCGGUACGAGUGGCCUACAUUUAGGUACGUAGAUAUUUAUAUGAACGAGCAAGUUGGCGAGGCCGAGCCUCGCACUUCUGAAAAAGUUGUUGACUAAAAUUAGCUAAAUUUAUAAAAGCGCGGUGAAAUAGCGCGGAUACGAUGAUCUUUCGGGUGCAAUAUUAAAAUUAUUCUUUACAAUAACCAGUCAAUUGUGUGGAUGAGUGUGGGCGUGUAAAUAGUAUUUAUGUUCUAGCAUUUAUUGAUUAUUCUCCUAAUGUUUGUGUACUGUGUAAAUACCAGAUAUGAAUUUACUAGUACGAAUUAAGGACAAGAAAUGUUGUAUAUCGUUUUAAGUACUUACAUACAGCGCCGGAUUGAAAUCAACUUUAUUUGUAUAAUAUUAAAAUUUUAGGAAAUAAACAAUUAUUUUUAGUUAAAUUUUAUGUUUUGUGUGGCAGGCAUAUUAGGCAAGGUGUUAUUACAAGUCUUUUUUUUAAUCGUUUUAUCGAGUUGGAAGACGAUUAAUUAAGGAAACAGGAACAAAAUACAAUAGCAAGUGUAAACGGCCACACCAUACUAAAGGUUCGCAUUCAAUGUUGUUAGUUUUCACUUAUAAUUAUAAAAUUGUAACUUAUACUUUUAUAAAAUGGGGUCCCUGGUCACGUUUUGCCACGGUACCUCGGUGCAGAGUUAACUUAGACGGGCUGUCAACAUUGAAAUGCCUAUACACGAUUUUAUAUUAUAACCAGGGGCAUAACGAUGUGUUCAAAAAUCUUAUUGAUAUUUGAUAAGAUGUGGAUUAUAAGAUUUAUAAGUUGAAAAAUGUGUAUCACUCUCAAUAGUGGUAAAGCCGAGGCAAAGCAAAGCAUCUAUCUUUUUCAGUAAAACUGCGUCAGAAAGAGGCGAUUGCGUUGUAUAGAAAGAUCUAUAGAUGGAAAUGAUCUCGAGAAAUGCCUUUUAAAUAUAGGAGUGUAGGAACGCUGUAGGAUAGUAAGUAUUAAGUCGAUGGACCUUAUGCCCUGGCAAGAUGCCUGGCGGAACGCCAUUGUGGCAUGAGUAUUUUCUGUUUUUCGAUGAUAAUUUAUUUUACUAUAAAAAAUCUAUGAACUUUUGUAACGAUCUUGGGAAUCUUUUCAGGACUAUCUCUCCCAACAAAUUGGUGAGCGUCAGGAUAAUAGGAUCAUGGUAGCUAUUUAUAACGAAAGUUACUCCAGGUUUUAGUACAUUUUUUGUACUAUUUGGUACCUGACAUCAAAAAAUUUGUACCUCGCUAAAAAUUGAGAAAUAUUGAAUAUAAAGUGGUCAGCCAUUCUGACGACAGGUUGACAGGACUAAGUCCAGUUCUCCUGGUUGUAUAACUAAAAUAAAAAUAAAUAAAUAAAUUGAUUUUAUUCCAGGCAAGCAGCCAUAUAAAAUAACGCGAUACGCAGAUAAUUUACAAUGGAAAAUGACAUAAAAGUGUAAAAAAUAAAAUAACUGUAAAACAAUAAUAUUUUUUUAAAUUACAAUUUAAAAUAAAAUAAAUAAAUAAAAAGUAUAGUCGUUAGAUUUGUAGCUGGCCCCGAGUUAUUGUUAUUUUAUUUUGACUUACCAAAAAAAAGUUACAGUUAAAUUAUAGUUUGUAUGAGCAUAGUAGAGUAUUAAAUUUUCGACAUAGGCACGUAAAGUACUACUUAUCGCACUAGUGCGGUAAAGUAGCCCCAUAUGUACUGUAAAACGUUGUACGAUACACGUGCGGAAAGUGCUCUUUCCCGCACGGGUGCGGGAAAGUAGUACCGUAUAAAAAUAUUCACUUUUGAACUAAAUUUAAGACCCGGUUCACAUUGACUAACUGUACCACUGUAAGUUUAUUCUAGUUGUAACUUUCAUUUUGGUAAGUAGAAAUAAAAUCAUCAUGAAACAUCAUAAAUCUUUGCCAAAAGAUGGACGUCAGAAAGGCUGACCACUUUAUUUUUGAAUAUUUGUCGAUUUUUAGCUAGGUACAAUUUUUUGAUGUGAGGUAGGUAAAUAGUACAAAAAAGGUACUAACAUGGAGUAACUCUCGUUGAAAAUAGCUACCAUGGUCCUGUCAUCCUGACGCUCACUUUAAAUUGUACAACUCUUUGUCAACAUCAUAAAAAGUUAUCAUUGAAAUAAAGAAAAUUCGUAUGUCUAACCACAGGAGAAGUCGUCCCACAGUGCGACGGCAGGAUGUAUGCUUGUGUUGCUUCUUAUGAGAGUUUGGGCAUUGAACAGACGUUUUUGUGUCUAAGUUAAAUUAUAUACUGUUAGGGCAAAAUUGCAGCCCCCGUUGGUAAUUUGGAACGUUGCGGUGCCAAAAUAUGCUAGUUAAUGCGAUUGCCAAAUUAUUUGUACACCUCGACAGCGGUGCCGUCAUAUAGCGGCCGUCUCCAUACAAAAUAUUAUUCCAUCCAUAUAAUUUGUGUGGAGACUGCCGCUAUUUCAAUUCAAUUUUAUUUUAUUUAUCAACAGACAACAAUAGUCCAUAAUGGUUGGUAACAUUUUAGGUUAACUAACAUUUUGGCUAAACACAGUGCUUUUUUUUAACUCCGUUAACUUCAGAGCAGUGGCGGGGCAGGACCAAAAUGUUAUGUGGGCAAGGUAUAUUAAGCGAGGCCCUCUGGGGGCGCAAGAAAUAACGAACAUUUUUACGUUGUGUCCGAGAUACUACACUCAUUUGAGGCGCGAGGCUCCUCGGACCGCGAGGCCGUAGGCGGAGGCCCACGUCGCCCACGCCACGCCCAACGCCGCGUCUGCUUCGAAGUAUGGCUAUUGGCUAAGUACAGUCAGCGUCAAAUACUUCGUAGCAGUCAAAGUAGCCAAAUAGUUCGGUACACCAUACAUUUAGUAUGGUGUACCGAACUAUUUGGCCACUUUGACUGCUACGAAGUAUUUGACGCUGACUGUACAUAAGGAAAUGGCAUAGCUAGUAUAUUUUUUUCGUAAAAAGUAAUUCAUAACGUUGUUGUAAAACGGACAUUAUAUUUAAAUCCACCAACCAAUUGAAAACUAUGACAUGUCAAUGACAUUUCUAAUACCGAUCGUCCGAGAUAGUACUUGCGUUUAGUAGCAAAUGCAAAAACUUAUACUAAACACUAAUCAAUAUGUAAACAGGCCCCAAAGCAAGUGUACACGCUCGUAGGAGCCUUGUCAGAUAAAAAUAUUUAUUUGAAUUAAUAAGAAUACCGGUUUCUUUGAGAAAGUUACUUAAUUUAAGCUCAGGAAUGCACCCUGGCAAUUAACGGACUUUAGAAAAAAGCGGCCAAGUGCGAGUCGGACUCGCCCAUGAAGGGUUCCGUACCAUUUCUGACGUAUUAAAAAAACUACUUACUAGAUCUGGUUCAAACCAAUUUCGUUGGAAGUUUGCAUGGUAAUGUAUAUCAUAUAUUUUUUUUAGAUUUUUCAUUCCGUUAUUUUAGAAGUUACAGGGGGGGGGGGGGACACUUUUUUUCACUUUGGAAGUGUCUCUCGCGCAAACUAUUCAGUUUAGAAAAAAAUGAUAUUAGAAACCUACAUAUCAUUUUUGAAGACCUAUCCAUAGAUACCCCACACGUAUGGGUCUGAUGAAAUAAUUUUUUUUUUUAAAUUUUUUGACGUAUUAAAAAAAAAACUACUUACUAGAUCUCGUUCAAACCAAUUUUCGGUGGAAGUUUGCAUGGCAAUGUAUAUCAUAUA